ACCUGGGACACUCGAGGAGGCACACGAGGCUGAAAGUGGACGGGUGCCUCGCGCCACCGCCUCUCCCGAGGGCGCGUACUGACCAGGAUGUCAGACAAGCUCAAGGAACGCAAAAGAACCCCCGUUUCUCAUAAAGUGAUAGAAAAGCGGAGGAGGGACCGGAUCAACCGCUGCUUGAACGAGCUGGGCAAGACGGUGCCCAUGGCCCUGGCGAAGCAGGUAACGUUGGCAGCCUGGAGCCAGGUGCCAGGCGCUGGGAACCCUCGGCUGCCACUCUCGGCGGAGACGCCGCAGUCUGUGGACGCGGAGGGCCUUACUGAGGGCCUCCCUCCCCGGGGGCCUGAGCGCCGAGCAAGCGGGGAGCCGCUCGAGCGGGCGCAGAUUGCAGGGGCGCCCUGCUGGCUGGUGCUCUCCAGCUAUGCGGCGCCCGCCCAGCCUGCGGGCGUUGGCCCGAGCCCGCUGGGCCGCUGCAAGGAGCCCUUCCUCCUUUUGCAGAGUUCCGGGAAGCUAGAGAAGGCGGAGAUCCUUGAGAUGACCGUCCAGUACCUGAGAGCCCUGCACUCGGCUGACUUUCCCCGGGGAAGGGAAAAAGAACUCCUAGCAGAAUUUGCCAACUACUUCCACUACGGCUACCACGAGUGUAUGAAGAACCUGGUGCAUUACCUCACCACCGUGGAGCGGAUGGAGACCAAGGACACCAAGUACGCGCGCAUCCUCGCCUUCUUGCAGUCCAAGGCCCGCCUGGGCGCGGAGCCCGGCUUCACGCCGCUGGCUUUGCUCCCGGAGGCCGAUUUCAACUAUCAGCUGCACCCGGCGGGGUCCGAGUUCGCUGGCCACAGCCCCGGCGAGGCCGCUGUGUUCCCGCAGGGCGCGGCCCCCGGACCUUUCCCCUGGCCUCCCGGCGCGGCCCGCAGCCCGGCGCUGCCCUACCUGCCCAGCGCGCCAGUGCCGCUCCAGAGCCCCGCGCAGCAGCACAGCCCCUUCCUGGCGCCCGUGCAGGGCCUGGACCGGCAUUACCUCAACCUGAUCGGCCACGCGCACCCCAACAACCUCAACCUGCACACGCCCCAGCACCCGCCGGUGCUCUGAUGCCCUUGUGCCCUCCAGAUUGCUCUGCGCGUUGGGCGCUUCUUAGGAGAGCUACUGUAUAUAUUGUACAGGU